CUAUCCUAAGGAACGAUGGCUUGGCCAACAAGGGCUUUCCCAAGGAUGUGGAAGUGGGCAGUUGCAGCCUUUGCUUUUGUGGUCAUAGUCAUCGCCGCACUUGCUGUAGGUUUCGGUAAGCGAAGGGUUCACAGGUCUAGCAGCUCAGCAUCUGGUGCUAGUAGCAAUGGGACGGAGCCCUCCGUUUCAGUCGAUGCCCCGGUUCGAUCUCCUUCGGGCACAGCUGCCAACUUGUCGGUCGUGUCUCCUCCCGCGCCAGCUGCUCCACCGCCAAAUGCAUCUUCGCAGGUGCCAGAUGCAAUGAAAGAACCCACUGUCUAUGCGUUUGAGGUCGUGAAGACGUACCCCCAUGAUCUUGCGGCAUUUACCGAGGGUCUCGUGUACGCGGGGAACGACACAUUCUAUGAGUCUACCGGGCUCUAUGGCCACUCCUCUAUUAGGCUAGCAGAAUUGCACACAGGCAAAGUCCGUCAGCAGCGAAACAUGGACUCGCAGUGGUUUGGUGAAGGCUUGACCCUGUUUGGCGGCAAACUGUGGCAAUUAGUUUAUAAGUUCAACUAUGGUUUCGUGUACGAUCCGGUAACGUUGGAUGUUGUCGGCAAUUUUACGACAACCAUGAGUGAUGGUUGGGGCCUCACGCACGACGGAGCAAAUCUCAUUGGCAGUGACGGGACAGCGUUUAUUUACUUCUUCGAUCCGGCGGAUUUCCGGGAGACAAAACGGUUGCGCGUCACCGAUGCCGGUUUUGGCGUCCAUCAGAUCAAUGAGCUAGAAUACAUCAAUGGCGAGAUCUGGGCGAACAUUUGGCUGACCGAUUGUAUCGCAAGGAUUUCGCCUGAGACUGGGCGCGUUCUGGGUUGGAUGCAUCUUCCAGACCUCAAGAUGUCGGCAUUGUCGAACGCUGCUGCUCGAGCCGAUGGAGACAAAGUGCUCAAUGGGAUUGCGUAUGAUGUCGAAAGCGACCGGAUUUUUGUGACGGGGAAGAAGUGGCCUUUACUGUUUGAGAUCAAAGUCCGAGGGUUAACGAGCAAUGAAAUGAACAAUGCGAACUCGCUAGCAGCUGUGCGAAAGGCGUGUCACCUUUAGAUGACGGCUGCAUAUUGCUUGAGGUUAAGGGUUUUGGUCGCUCUCGUUUCCUGAACGCUUGUGCUCGUGCAUCUUCUACUUGUUGAAGGCCGCAUCCACCACCUUCUCCUGGUUUCGCAUCCCCCCCUUCUCAGGAAGAGCAAAAUAUACGAUAUGCUCUCCUCAUAGAGACAACCGCCGUCAGUCAUCGUUGGUCUGAUCGGUGACUGCAUCAUCGCUUCUUGGGUCGCACCGCUUCUAACAAAGUGCAGAAUAUACAACGCGCUUUGCUUCGUUAGGUAGCCUUCUUUGCGUGACACUGUUACAACACCUUCUAGAGUGUGUACUUGAGUCGUGAAAGAACUGCUAGCACCCAUCUCUUGUCUUCUGUAUACCAAAGAGCGUUUAAUCGCAAGAGCCAAGGGGAUUGUGGAGCUGUUUCUGAUCUGCCAGCACAUAGCAGCCUGGCCUGCGAAGCGAAGCCAGCCCUCCUUGGCGACGCCUACCUAUGCCAGUGGGUCCACAAAGGAGGCUUGGAUGUAGUGGGGCCCUUAAACCACCAGUGCUUGGCCCAGCUAUUGGCCAGGGGAAAAACUAGAGUAGAAACGUUUCUAGUCGGAUGAAUUUGGGCGCUCCUGUAGUGGCCCGUACAUUUCCUAAAAUUGUGGCUUGUAAACGGGCACAAACUUUAGGACUUAUUACUGGUGGUUUAAUGUGUGCGAGACCAUCCUAUACAGUUCAGGCUGUUAUCAAUCGCGUUUUUUGGUCGGGUUGAAUAACGUAAACUCAGGUGUUUGUGGCGUCACUGUCGACAUUCCGACCACUGGGAACAGGCAGCACAUAGCACUACCCUCUUCACCCGAAUAGAACGCCAGGUCGUUAUAGCUAUAUUCAGAGCAACUUUCAGUCUAGAUCUACAGGGGAAAAGACCGGGCGUUCCAUUCAGGUGAACUUGAAGACGGGUAGGAAGGCGCUGAAUAGAUUUAGACAUUUUUCAGGUGGUGGCUGGCCUUUGGUGCCUGCCAAGGUUGGGGGUCCGAGUUGUGCGGACUCGCCCUCUGCCAGCCGCUCCGCGCCUCUCUCCCCCCGAAGGCUAGAGGGCUCAAGUUUUGGAAUCAAGCCCUUGCUUGGGGACUACGGAGGAGGCAAUGCAUCUGUGUGGGAGCUGUGGACAGGUGGCUUGACCAGAACCUUCCGGAGGGGUGCUCUUUGAGGAGAGGAGGCAGGUCUUUUUUUAAGUCGUAGCAUGACCGGUUUAUGCUACACUACUACCCUCUUCGCCGGAAUACGAGGCACGGUCAUUAUAGCUGUAUCUGGGGUACCUUUCAGUCUAAAUACAGCAAUAAUGACAGUACAUUGUAUUCGGGUGAAGAAGGUUUGAGUGCAUUUGUACCAGGAGGUUUGGAGCCUUUGACGUAACCAUGGAUGGCACUAGUGUGGUCCCCACCCUACCCUCGUUCGCUGAACAGAAUGUACGCUCAUAUUAUUGUUGUAUGUAUGGACUGAAAGUUGCCCCAAAAUGUACAGCUUUAAUGACUGUAAAUUUUAUUCAGGGGAAGGGGGCCGAGAAAAAAAAAAAAAAAAAAAAAGGAGGAUGGGCCGAGACACGAGAAGAGUGUUUGCAGUCGUAAGUUGUGCGGUCAGCAUGCAUCUCCUUUGUACAUCCUUGCAGCCGUUGAGGCUUUACGGUCAUUAGACUUCCUUCCCUGCUGAUUGUCCGCACCGAUGCAUUCAUUAUUAGGUACUCGGAGGUUUCAGCAUAUGGAGCUUCUAUGAAUCCAGGAGGCCAUGAAAUGCACGGACGCGUCUUAAAAAGCAACAAGU